AGAACCUAUACAAAACAGCUUUUAGAGGGGCUCGAAUAUCUUCACAAUGACAGAAUUAUUCACCGGGAUAUUAAGGGUGCGAACAUUCUAGUUGAUAACAAAGGGUGUAUUAAACUCGCAGACUUUGGUGCAUCCAGGAAAGUCGUGGAAUUGGCUACCAUAAAUGGAGCAAAGUCUAUGAAGGGUACCCCACACUGGAUGUCACCUGAAGUUAUUUUACAGACAGGAUAUACAACCUCUGCUGAUAUAUGGAGUGUUGCAUGCACUGUGAUAGAGAUGGCCACAGGAAAGCCUCCAUGGAGUCAAUAGUAUCCCCAGGGGGUGUCAGCUCUUUUCUACAUUGGGACAACUAGAUCUCAUCCACCAAUACCUGAACAUCUGUCUGCUGAGGCAAAGGACUUUUUGCUGAAAUAAGGAACCGGAUUUAAGACCUUCUGCAUCAGACUUGUUACUGCAUCCAUUCAUCACAUACGAGUAUCAGGAAUCUCAUUCAAUAUCACGCAGUUCAGUCAGGGACUCUUGCAAUCGGAUGGCAACAGAUGGGAUGAACUCUAGGAACUUUUUGGAUUCUAUCUAAGGAUCAACAUGUACAGGCCUAAAGGAUGUUUGUCAGAUGGAUAGUUUAAGGUUCUCGAAUGCAAAUCUUCUAAAACCAGGUUCCUACCAGGGAGCAGGCAACUAUGACGAUGACAUGUGUCAGAUGGAUGAUGAAGAUGAUAUUUUCGCUGCAUCAUCAGUAAAAGCUAACCCUCUACUUGAUGCUGACGACAUAAAGAGUUUCAAUCCAAUGUGCGAGCCUGUGGAGGAUGACUGGUCUUGCAAGUCAGACGAAACACUAAAUUUGAAGAAGAGCAGACUGAACUUGUCCCCAGAUCAAACUAUUAGGAUAACUAUGAGUCCCAAACCAUCUCCUAAUGCAGAGAAGGAGAUUUCAUUUUCAAGUGAACCUCUUGGAGUUGAAGAUGAUGAUGAAGUGACAGAGUGCAAAAUUAGAGCUUUCCUGGAUGACAAGGCAUUCGAACUGAAUAAGCUCCUACACGUCCUUAAAUCAAUUUAA